AGAUAAUGACAGAUUAUCUAUGGAGGCGCAUAGAGUGAAAAGCGAGAAACUUUUUUUGAGGAAGAGAGCUCGUGUGUGAAGCCUUGGUUUGAAAAUCUACAAUUGAUUAAGUUAUUUAGUGUGACAAAAAUGAGCACGUCUUCAAAUCUGCCUCCGAAAAAAAAUCUCCUUCAAAGAUCAACGCCCACCCCUUCUGACCACUUAGCAGGCUCUGGAAACUCAGGAUCUACCAAUACUUCAAACAAUGUAGAUCCCUCUGCUGAGGCAAACUCAAACGACAGCAAAAGUGAUUCAAAUGAUGUAGCAGAUAGCACUAAUAUUUUCAAGACCUUUGAGGAUUCACUGACAGAAAAAAGUGAUUUAGCUCUAGAAGAGAGUUCUACUGCUGAAAUCGGAAACUUUGUGAUACCUCAGACAGAUGAUAUCAAUGAAAGGGAAAGUCCAAAUGAAGCUUCUGAUGAUACGGUUCCAAGACAUACUCCCGGAGACUUGGUUUGGGCCAGGGUUAGCGGAUACCCUUGGUGGCCUUCGAUGGUCACUAAUGACCCCAUUCAAAGCAUGUUCUUCAAAGUAGCACAAGCUGGUGGAAAGAAAGUGCUCUACCAUGUCCAGUUUUUUGGAUCCGUUCCAGAACGUGCCUGGAUUAACUGGAAGAAUUUAGUGAAAUAUGAAAAUGCAGAGCAGUUUGACAAACUUCCGAGUGCGGUGAAUCCAAAGUCAAAGGGUAAAAAGGGCUCGAAGAAGGACGGACGAAGCGAGAAAAAUGAAGUUCCUCCGAGUAAGAAACUGUGGUGGGAGGACUCUGUGAAAGAGGCAAAUGAGGCAAAAUCAACUGACAAGUAUGUACGACUAGACAGAUAUCUCAAGUUCAAACAGACUGACCAAAUUCCAGAAGCACUUUUCAGCCCGACAAUUCCGCUUGAGCGAAUCACUAAAAAGGAAACAGCAAGAAAACGUGAAAGCUCAACUGCUGUAGCUGUGGAACAAAAAGAGUCUACGAAGAUUGCAACUCCUUCAAAGAAAAUAAAAAAUGACCCGGAUUUUGUGCAAGAAAUUUUCGAUCUGUACAAAACGAAGCAUUUAAAUAGAGCCAAAGAAAGAUUUCCAGAUUACGAUGAUGAUGAUCUGGAUUCUUUUUUGCUUUUGCAGUGGAAAAAUUUAGAUCAGAAGAUCAAAGAUAAAUACAAGAAACGGUACGAAAAUCCGGAUCAAAAGUUUGACUCUGGAGACGAAACAGAUCCAGGUGACGAGGAGUCCUUGAUAAACCGCGCGCGACCUCUGAGGAAAUGUGUGUUGACUCUUGGAACUAAUGCAUACAAGGGAGUCAAUAUUGAGAAUGAAACCAAGCCUGAAGAGUCUCCGGCAAAAGAAGUUGAAGAACCAAGUCCUCCGAAGCCUUCGCCUGGUCGUAAUCGGAAAAAUGAAGUACCAAACGCCAGCAGCGCUAAGACUCAAACGAGUGUAAACUCUGCCUCUGCGUCAACAAAAAAGCCAGUGAAAUCAGCGGCGAUUUCAAUUCCGCCUGCUAGUACGACAGUUUCAGAUAGCAACUCUUUAAUAGUGAUUCCUGAUCUCAACUGCAGAUCGCCUAUUCCGAUGUUGACCGAAGCGGAAGCUUUAGAGCAAGCGAAUGCGGAAGGACAUAUGGACGAAGAAGACGAGGAGAUCACAGGGUGUCGAGCAGCAAAGAAGGAGUUCGUAUGCAAAUCGUGUGAAACUUCGGGAGAAUUACUACUUUGCGAAGGCCGGUGCUCUGGCGCAUUUCACUUAAGUUGCCUCGGAAUCGAAGAGGUGCCUGAAGGCGAAUUUUUGUGUGAGGAGUGCAAAAUUGGCAAGCACACAUGUUACAUUUGUAGAAUUAACACGGGAGAAGUAAGACCAUGUUCUGUUUUGUACUGCGGGAAAUUUUACCAUGAUGACUGCUUAAAAGCGUACCCUCUUGCUAGAAUGUCUUACGAACGUGAACUUAUUUGCCCUCUACACGCCUGUGCAAGCUGUGGUUUCCACAAGAAAAACUCACCCGAUGUGUUUCGAGGGAAGAUGUACCGAUGUGUGAGAUGUCCGGUUGCGUACCAUUGCGGUGAUGCAGAUGCAUGUCUUGCGGCUGGAUGUGCCAUAAUAGCACCCAACUCCAUCAUAUGUUGCAAACAUUUUAUGCCGGUGAAAAACAACAAAAAUCACGCACAUAUUAACGUCAGUUGGUGUUUUGUGUGCUCCAAAGGCGGCAGUUUACUCUGCUGCGAAAGAUGUCCUGCUUCUUUUCAUCUAAAAUGCAUAGGGAUGCACAAGCUUCCAAAAGAGUCUUGGUUUUGCAAUAGCUGCACAUUGGGGUUGAGGCCACGAUAUGGGGACAUACUAUGGGCCAAAGUGCAGAACUAUAGAUGGUGGCCCGCUGAGGUUAUUUUCCCCCGACUCAUUCCUCAGAAAUCUUUGGAGGAACCGCACCAGGUGGGAGAGUUCAUAGUGCAACUCUUCGCGACCAAGGAGUACCACUGGGUCCAUAUUGGACUUACAUUUUUAUUUCACGAAAAUGACAAAAAUUUUCACGAGCCAGGAGAGAAGCACUAUCCGAAGAAUUUUCAACUUGCCUUAGACAAAGCAAGCGAGGUGCUAGUUAAACGCAAAUCAUUCACCCGAAAAUCAGCCUUGCCGUCACUUAGCAACCAGCCAUCACCAAAGGCAUCAGACCUGCUUAAGCCAGCUGUUAUGACAGAAUCUACCAAGAAAAAAGAAGCUCCUCCCAAAGUCGAGCCUGAACCUGAAACCUCCUUUUUGCCGCUACUAAAUCAACCAAACUUAUCACCACCAGGCGCGUCUGAGGCGGGUUCUCCGCUACUUUCUGUACUUCAAAACGAAGAAGCGAAGCCAAAAGGCAGAAUGGCAAGUCCUGCUAAACGCGAAGCAACUACAGCAAAACAAAAGCCUCAGAGAAACUCCGUUUCGUCCGCGAAUGCAGCAAGUCCAGCUAAAAAACCAAGAGGUCGUGUCUCCGGAACUGCCAAAAAACAACAGGAAUUAGUGGCUGCCGCUGCGGCCCUCAUGGCACAAGUAUCAUCGGCUUCGAUAAAUGCAAAUGCAUCAAAAGCGACAGCAGAAAAAACAAGCGAAGACGCGUUCAAUGUAAAUGGCGCCAGCAAGCUUAAAUUGGCCCAACAAGCAGAUGUGAAAGUUCUACCGAGGAAAGAAAAAGCGUUGCCAUCUAAUUCUUUGGUGAAUAGUAACCCCAAAAUAACCAAUAUCACACCCCCUGUUUCGCCAUGCAUGAAGCCAGUUCAUGCUGGUGUUUUAGUUACCAGUUCAAAAAUGGAACCGCUAACGGUUCAAACUGAAUCCAGUUCUAGUUUCAACAUGCCACAUGUUCCGGAGAACUAUAAAUUAGUUUAUCAAAAUGUGCCAUGCAACAACGUGCAAGUGUACAGUGCUGAUAUUACUGAAAUCACGCCGUGUGAAUGCAAAGUGACCGAUCCUGACCCCUGUGGUCCAACUAGCGACUGUUGGAACCGGUUGCUUUGUGUUGAGUGUCAUCCAAAAGUGUGCAGGUCUGGAGAUCGGUGCAGCAACCAGAGGUUCCAGAAAGCACAGUAUCCCAGGUUUGAGAUAUCUUAUACCAAAAACAGAGGCUGGGGUCUGAAAACGAAAGUCUGGAUCAAGAAAGGAGAUUUUGUAAACGAAUAUUGUGGGGAUCUUAUCGAUAUCGAUGAGUGUCAAAGACGUCUUACACAUCAGAACACAAUCGGUGACUUCAAUUUCUACUUCUGUGUGUUGGAUAAAGAGCGAAUCAUUGACGCAGGUCCGAGAGGAAACUUUUCGCGAUUUAUGAAUCAUUCGUGCGACCCGAACUGCGAAACACAAAAAUGGACAGUCAAUGGAGACAUCAGAGUCGGACUGUUCGCUUUAACAGAUAUCUGUCCGGGAACUGAACUAACUUUCAACUACAACAUGGAUUGUUUGGGGAAUUCUAAACUGAAAUGUAAAUGCAAUUCGCCGUCUUGCAGUGGCUAUAUUGGUAUGAAGCCUCUAAAAGGCGGAUCGAACCUUGAAAAAGAUCGAAAACGGAAGAAGCGAGAUCGCAGGGAGCGACCAUUGGACCAUUGCUACCGUUGUGGAAACCAAGGAUCCGGUCCCGAUAUGAUAUCAUGCGGACGUCAAUUUUGUGGAAAAAUUUACCACAAAAGCUGUCUGAAAGCACCUGAACUAGGAACGUCUAUGUCCAAUUUUGAAUGCCCUUUACACGCCUGUGAUAUCUGUGGAAAAGUAGCAGUUUAUAUUUGUUCACAGUGCGAUCACUCAACUUGCCAGGAACACGAGAAGGGGAUCAUGUACGAAUUAGAUGAUCACACUUUCCGAUGUAAGUUCCACUAUCAACUUCUGAUCGAGAAGUCAAGACCCCCACCACCCCCUCAAGCUAUAGAGGGAUCGACUACGUCUAGUUUUGAUGCAAUACGUCAUUCUGACACCACCAGCAGGAGUGGACGAAUAACGGAGCAAACUGGAGGGCAGAAAACCCUGCUUGAGAUCAUGGCAUCAAGUGCCCAUUUGACUUCUAAUUAUCCAUUCAAAGCACCGCAGCAAAUGUCGGAAGCAAAUGCAACCACCGCUGCUUCGCUUCAUUCACAGAUCCAGAACAUCUAUGCACAAUUAAGUUCAACUACUACAGGAAAUGAAUUAAGUUCACGAAGUACUAAUGGCAGCAAUCAAAUUGAUAAUUUACGGCAGCACAAUCAAUCGACAGGUGUAGGUGAAAAAGAGCAGCAGUUUAGGUUCCUUGCCGACCAUUCGAAACUCCAUCACGACAAUUUGCAAUCACUCACAGCAACAAAUCUUCAAAACAGCAGGUCCAAACAUCAACCAUACGACGCGAGAGAUGCUUUCAAUAAAUCUCCGCGCGGUUCAAGUUCACAUAACAGUGCGGCUGUGUUUAAUAUUUCACCAACCCAAUUGCAGCAAAGCUUCCAAACAUCACCUGAAAAUAUCAACCUGGCUCGAGCUUCUGAAACUUCCGCACAUAGAACUAACGAUCACAAUAGUGUAUUGUACAAUAGAGGCUUGGUAUCAAACGGCUCAUCGAAUAUUUAUCAACAGGAAUUGUAUCGACACGUGAAUGAAAACUUUGUUCACAGCUCAUCGCAGUUAAACCCGAAGUCCGAUAGAUAAUGCAAUCAAAUGAUAUCCGACUGACGAGAAUCCAAACUCUUUGUGAUAUUUUUUCGACUGCCAGGCCAGGGUUCGUUUCUUCCCAAUUUUUGAACACAUUUUAGAUCGAACCUAUUCAACUCUUCCCGUAAUAUUCAAAGAUCGAUAAGGUUUUUGUGUGAUAUUUGAAGAUAAUUCAAUAAUGUAAAUAGUAGUGAUUUACUUUAACACGCUUACUAAUUUCGAGUUGGCGUUUUGAGCUGACAUCUAAUGCGUUGUUCCUAAUUAGUUAGCCUUUCUCGUCUUUAUCUGGAGUUCAAUUAUAACUGUACGUAGUCAGCAGUUUAACAGUCCAAUGAUAGUGAUAGAAAUCCUAUUUCGUAGUUCAUUUGAUCCUGUAAAUCUAAUUUAAUCAAUAUUUGACGUUUCUAGAUUAUCGGAGAAGUUGUUUUUAUAUUUUCUAGAUAAGCUUCAAAAUAGUUCCUGUUUAAGUAUUUGUUUAACCAAAUUAUCACAAAUAUCAAUUGCCUUUUAGCGUGAUUUGUUUUUAAUUGUAAACUAUGCUAUUUUCUUCCUAAGAAGGUGAUACUCUUUACGCUUUGAGUCAGUGUAUUUUUUCAUAAACGUGAUGUUGCUUUUAUUCAGAUUCAAAUUGGAGACAUUUUUAUUCUUUAAUAAUAAUAGUAAUCAUUAUAAAGUUUGUCCAAAUUGAUCCAAUUGAACUUUCUAUACUCAAAAA